CGGCAACAAAACAAUCAUGCGCAAACAUUAAUGCAGCCAACAAAAAAAAAGACCCACUUCAGAAAGCCUUAAUUGUUUCAGAGUAAACGUUUAGUUGCCGCUAAAUGUGGCGCUUUAUCUCUGACUGUCGCUCUGAAAUGAAGCCGUCUUUGAACGAAACGCAAGAUAAAUAUAUUACAUGUUUGUUUCGUUUAUACUCUUUCGCGUAAUUUAAUUUAAUUUUUAUUUUUUAAUUCUCCUAUUUGCCCUUUUUCUCACCAAAAUUCCACCCUCAACUAAGUCUUUGUUGUUGUUGAUUGUUGAUGAGCUGUUCCUCACUCAGUUAUUUUCCUUGACUUUUUUUAGUAAUUUAUGUGUAAAUUUGUUUUUGGGGUGUUAUCCAUGGAUGAUAAUUAUUACUUGGGUCGUUUUUGUUAUUAUUUUUGGUGGGGUUUUAAUAUGGAAAACAGUUCUCUUCUUCAAUGGAAUCUCAAGACUUAAAGAGGAAGUCGAUUUUAUUUUAUUUUAUUUUUUUAUUUUGUGGGAUUUUUUUGGGUAUUUAUUUGGGGUCUCUUCUUGGUUCAUGCUCUCUCCUUAACAGCGGUUAGCGUUUUACAGUUAAUUUUAGUACUCAUGAUUAUGAAAUUUUAGUGAGUGUAAAAUGAGUGGUUCUGUUUUGCUGUUUGUUUGAAUGUGUUUAUUGUACACAUAGCAAUUUGCAGCUGCUGUGCGUUUUGAUAAAGAAAUGAGUUGCUUUUCUUGUUUGAGUCGAAAGAAACAAGACAUCAAAGUCGAUAUUGAUAAUGGUACUCGAUCCACUUCUCGCCAUUCUUCUGUAUCUUCAGAAAAUGGGAGAGUUCAUGAUAAGGAAAAUGGCGCAAAAGCUGGAGGGGCGCGUGGUUUCACAUUCCGUGAACUAGCUAUAGCAACGAAGAACUUUAAAGGUGUGAAUUUGAUUGGUGAAGGAGGUUUUGGAAAGGUUUACAAGGGGCGUUUGGAAUCAGGCCAGACUGUUGCGGUCAAACAACUUAAUCAUGAAGGUGUUCAGGGGCAUCGAGAGUUCAUUGUGGAGGUUCUCAUGCUGAGUCUGUUACACCAUGCCAAUCUUGUUACCUUAAUUGGCUACUGUACUGCUGGAGAUCAGAGAUUAUUGGUUUAUGAGUAUAUGCCAAUGGGUAGUUUGGAAGAUCAUCUUUAUGAUAUGGAAGGCGUCCAAGAGCCACUGAGUUGGAACACUCGCAUGAAAAUUGCCGUUGGUGCUGCUCAUGGCCUUGAGUAUUUGCAUUGCAAGGCAGAUCCUCCUGUCAUUUACCGUGAUUUGAAGGCCGCAAAUAUUUUGCUGGACAAUGACUUCAACCCAAAACUCUCUGAUUUUGGGCUUGCCAAAUUGGGACCUGUUGGUGAUAAAACACAUGUUUCAACUAGGGUGAUGGGAACAUAUGGAUACUGUGCCCCUGAGUAUGCCAUGAGUGGCAAAUUGACUGUUAAAUCUGAUAUUUAUAGUUUUGGUGUUGUACUUUUGGAGUUAAUCACAGGGCGGAAGGCAAUAGAUCUUACUAAGGCACACGGGGAACAGAACCUAGUGGCUUGGUCUCGGCCAUUGUUAAGAGACCAAAAGAAGUACUCCCAUCUGGCUGAUCCUCGGUUGCAAGGACGCUUCCCUCGCCGAUGUUUAAACUAUGCAAUUGCUAUCACUGCUAUGUGUCUAAAUGAGGAAGCCACUUACCGCCCUAUGAUUGGCGAUAUCGUGGUAGCACUUGAUUAUUUGGCCUCCCAGAGUGAGAAGAACACAGUGUCACCUAAUGCUGGUGCCAACGGUAGCCCUUCAUCAACAACUGGAUUCUCUAGAGGUUCUUAUUCCGGAAAGAGUACAUCUGUUUGAAUGUUUUCUGUUACGAGCUGCGGCAACAAUGUGAUCCACUUUGGAUCACCUGGUCAAAACUUUGAAGGAGACUUUUGAAAUACUGGAAUUCUAUAUACGAAUCGAUAUGCACCAAGACAAUGCAUAUAAUAUUAUGUGUACAUGUAUGUACAUAUUGAUCGAGGUGUGUAAUACUGGCAUUUUUUUUUUCCUUAGAAUUCAUAUGAUAAAGGUAAUCUAAGCUGCUUGUGAUUGGGUUGAAGUUAUAGUUGAACUUGUGGAAAGAAGAAAGAUGAAGUAGACAAACUAUGCUUGUCCUUGGACGGCAUCCUUUGUAAGAAGAAACCAUAUCAAGAUUUAAUAAUAAUAUCGCCGGCCACAAAACUAGAUAAAAUAGCCUAUAGAUAGUGUUAUUAUUCUUUCA